GCCAGUCAGCUUUGGGUAAAGUGGAGCUGCAGUUCCUGUAGUCAAAAAGCACAUUGCUUUGACAGAGAAGAGAAAGCUGUUGAUCAUUUAACAAUCUGAUUGAGCUACUGACUUUUAUGUUCCUCGACAUAAUGCCUACUGCAAGUGAAAACACACUCUUCGGGAUGGGGAAUCCCUUGCUUGACAUUUCAGCUGUUGUGGACAAAGAUUUCCUCGAUAAGUUUGGACUGAAGCCUAAUGACCAGAUCCUCGCUGAAGACAAACACAAAGCCCUGUUCGCAGAAAUUGUGAAGAGGAACAAAGUUGAGUACCAUGCCGGUGGCUCGACCCAGAACUCCGUGAAAAUCGCUCAGUGGAUGAUCCAGAAACCCCACAAGGUUGCUACCUUCUUCGGGUGCAUCGGAACGGACCACUUCGGGGAGAUCCUGAAGAAGAAGGCCGAGGAAGCCCACGUCGACGCGCAUUACUACGAACAGAACGAGGAGCCAACCGGUACCUGCGCGGCCUGCAUCACCGGAGACAAUAGGUCCCUCGUCGCUAACCUGGCAGCGGCAAACUGCUACAAAAAGGAAAAACACCUGGACUUGGACAGCAACUGGGAUCUGGUGAAGAAAGCCAAGGUCUAUUAUAUCGCGGGUUUCUUCCUGACUGUGUCCCCGGAGUCCAUCCUGAAAGUGGCGAAGCACGCUUCAGAUAACAACAAAAUCUUCUGCAUGAACCUCUCGGCUCCUUUCAUCAGCCAGUUCUUUAAAGAGCCCUUGAUGCAGGUCAUGCCCUACGUCGACAUCUUGUUUGGCAACGAGACGGAGGCGGCCACAUUUGCCAAAGUGCUGGGCUUUGAGACAGAGGACAUUGCAGAGAUUGCAAAGAGGACCCAAAACCUCCCCAAGGACAAUACUAAGAGGCAGCGAGUGGUGGUCUUCACCCAGGGCAAGGACGACACUGUUGCAACAGUUGGAGAGAGGGUGACCAUGUUUCCCGUGCUUGACAUCGACCAGAAUGACAUCGUGGACACUAAUGGAGCCGGAGACGCCUUUGUGGGAGGGUUUCUCUCUGCGUUGGUGCUAGAGCACCCAUUGGAGGAGUGCAUCCGCGCGGGACACUACGCGGCCAACGUCAUCAUCAGACGGGUCGGGUGCACCUUCCCAGAGAAGCCAGACUUUCAGUGAUGCAUCCAUCUAUGCAUAAUUUGUCUUUUCCACAAGAUACUUGUAAAUGUUCGCUUCAGGAAUUAAUGUACUUUUUUUCUAUUUACAGUAACUGACUACAUGGGACUUAAUGGUGCAGCUUGAAUAUUAAUCAAACUCAAAUAAGCCACUCCGAUGUGUUAAUCGCUUUAAACACUGUGCUGCUAACAAAGGUUAGAAUCAUAUAGUUGGGAGUAUUCCACUGAAAACCUGUUUUUCAAACUGAUUAUUUAUAGGCCUGAACGAUGUCACCACAUGUGUAGAAACUUCUUCACCAUUGAUCCUUGUUUUUCUUUAUGUUUUACUCAGGACGUCCACAACAGAGCAACACACUCUCGUUCUGCCUCCUCAUUGCUCUGAAAGUUGGUACAAGUAGUCAUUGGGAUUUCAUUUUUUUAAUUUCUGUUCUGCAAUAUAUACUAAUUUAGGUUAUACGAACCGACCAAGGGUGGAGAAGUACAUUAUCCCGCAGGAUAGGUUUAAAAAAAAGUUUGUGUUUUUGCUCUUAAGAGAAGGACGGCUGAUGUGGUCAGAAUCGAUUUGACCCAGAGUCAUGGCCAAAAA